GGAAAAACUAUCUCGAGAAGAAAUAGAGGGUAAGCAUGGUCUCGCGAUGAUUUUGAAUAUUCGCAUUCUUUUGACGUUUUAUUAAGCGUAAAUUGUAGACCCUCCUAAAUUUAUGUUUAAAAAAGUCAAUCGAACAGUCCAUUGUAUGUACGCAAAACAAUUAGUUAAGUUAAUGAGAAAAGUCGGUGCUCCGAAACACCAAUGUUACUUUGAACAUAAAAAUUCACCAACUACUGAGAAUCUUGGAAAUCCCCGGGUAAGAAAGGUAUUUUUGCGUGCAAGACAAGCCUGCGAUAGUUAAAUGGAUUGCAAAAUUCACAGUCGUUAAAUUACAUGUCAGAAUACGUUGAAUCUAGGCUUACGACCGCGAAAAUUAUUCAGUUUCAUCUUUCUUUCAGAACCUCAUGCACAUGUCCCUCUAUCAAAUUGAUGAUAAGCCUGGCUUUAGUUGUACCUAGUGCGCGAGGAAACAUUAGUCUUUCUAAGGGCCUGUUUACAUGGAGUGGGGGACCCCGGUCUAGUGGGGUAAGUUUCUUUUGUUUUCACGCUCUGGGGGACACAAAACAAAAGAAACUUACCCCAAUAGACCGGGGUCCCCCACUCCAUGUAAACGGGGUCUAAGGGAGGUUAUAGUCAUUGUCAAAUUCAUUUAAUUUGUAACUCUAACCAGUUUGUUUAUUAAUUUAGAAUACAUUGAGGUCUUUGAAUUCUUUGGACAAAAUAAGAAUGGCUGCAUAUCAACAAAGCAACUAAGGCAGGCAAUGCGCAUGAUCGGUCUCAAUCCCACGGACCACCAAAUACAGCACAUUAUUAACGAGAAGGAGUACGAUGGUAAGUGAUUGAUAAAUGAAUUCUCUUUACCUGUAUACUUAACACUUUGCAUAUCGGUUUGAGAACAAAGUGACAGAAAAAAGAGGUUUUGCAUCUUGUCACCAGCUUUGCAGGACUUAUUAAAUUAGAGUGUAAUAAAAACAUUCCUUUAGCUUGUUAGAAUCAUUUUUUUGGAAUCUGAAUCCCUUUGUGAUUUCCCUUGACAGGCAACACUUCACUAAAGCUGGCAGAUUUCAUUAAAACAACGGAGGAAUUCAAAAAGCCAAGUGAUAAAAGCGAUCUGAUCAUGGCAUUCAGAGUAUUUGAUCCUGAAAAUAAAGGUUAUGUUGAGGUAAAAGAAAUGAAAAGAGCUUUCAUGAGACUGAAGGACAUUCCAAAAGAAGAAAUAGAAAAUAUUUUCGAAGAAGCAAAUCUUCAAGACAAUCGACAUAUAUAUUUUGACGGUUAG